ACUAAAUCAUCCUAACCUAAAAAAAAUCCAAAUCGACAAUUUUAUUAUUUAAACAAGAUCUCUGAAAAUGUGGGCUGAUACGCUUUUAAUUGUAUUUAUUUCAAUAUGCACUGCACUCUUAGGUGAAGGAUUAACGUGGGUAAUGGUUUACCGCACGGAAAAAUACCAAAAGUUGAAAGCUGAAGUAGAGAAACAAAGUAAAAAAUUAGAAAAACGGAAAGAAAUCCACGGAGACUCUUUAGACAAACAACACAAGAAGAAAAUUGAGAGGGAAGAAGAAAGGCUGAAGAACAACAAUAGAGAUUUAUCCUUCGUUAAAAUGAAAUCAAUGUUUGCCAUUGGAUUUGCUUUUACUGCUUUAUUGAGUAUGUUUAAUAGCAUUUUUGAUGGUAGAGUCGUAGCUAGACUCCCGUUCCUGCCAUUGAACUGGAUUCAGGGCCUCAGCCACAGGAAUCUUCCCGGCGAAGAUUUUUACGAUUGUUCUUUCAUAUUUUUGUAUAUACUCUGUACAAUGUCUAUUAGACAGAACAUCCAAAAAUUGCUCGGAUUCGCACCAUCACGAGCCGUUUCAAAACAAGGAAAUAGUUUGUUCGGAACCGGUCCAGCACAAUUCAAAUAAUAUAAUUGUAGAUUUAAUAGCGAACUGAAGUACAACAAUAAAAUUAAUGUAAAUUUUUAAUAUUUACACAGAUAAAUGAUGCAUAUUGGAAUUUAAAUAAAAUAUAAUAUAGGAAGAUCAUUGGAAAACUUUGAUUUUAUCUGUUAAAUAAAUUUAAGGAUCAUAAAAAAUUAUAUUAGAUUAAAAUGGUUAUCAACCAAGCAUUAUAAAUGAAAAACCACAAAAAAUGCCUUACAAUAUUAAACUUAAAACAGAAAAUACAAAAUUUGAGUAAUAAAGUUCUCGAGGGAUAAUUUAUAAAGCAGUCUUAUCUGAAAAUUGACUAUUGCAAUUAAAAGAAACUUCCAUAAAAUGAUGCUCAUAAUAGGAUAAAAGCUAAUUCAAUUCGAAUUCAUACUCUUCUAGUAUCUGAUAAUACUCUAACGAUGCAACCAACACCUGCAACAUUGUAAAUUUUCUCAUGCCACAGUAAUAAGUGUCCACUGCUUCCUUCGGAAGGGUACUCGAAACCUUUAUAAACAUAUUUCAUAAGCGUAUCCAAGGAAUCUACAUUUAAAGAAUUGAUUAUUUCUUCAAUUUGGGAUGGCUUUAUUGACAACAGAACUUUGAAUGUCACGUUGAAAGCAUUGU